AUGACCCACCAACAUGCCAGUAAUCAAGCGUUAAGUGAAGCUUCCAAACAGUUGGAGAAACAUCUCGAUCAGGAUAGUCAUUAUUUGGAUCUUUCUCGCUUACUCAAUAUAUCUUCUGGCUCAUAUACGGCUGGUAUAAGUGGAAUUGGUGAAAAUGACUAUGCUUCCAUAUCGGCCUUACCAGGGCUACAGAAUGUACCGAACUUUGCCAAUGUUCGCAGGGUACCGCUGCCAGUAGAGCUAGUAGAACAAUUCAAUCAUUUACAAUAUAAUUGUCUAAUGGGUCUAUUUCCUGAAAUUAAACGAGCUUGGUUAUCUAUCGAUAGUGAUAUCUUUGUAUGGAAUUACGAAGAUGGGAGCGAUGUUGCUUAUUUUGAUGGUCUCAGUGAAUACAUAAUGUGUGUUGGACUAGUUAGACCCAAACCAGGAAUAUUUCAAGAUCAUAUCAAAUUCCUGUUAUGUUUAGCUACUGCUGUCGAUGUUGUUCUACUAGGGGUUAGCUUUUCGGAAGCUACACAAACGGCCGGAUAUCCUUAUAAAGAGAUGCAUCUUCAGCCCGAGCCACUAUUCGUAUUGCCAUUAGAUCAGCAAAUUGAGAUUACAUCCAUCAGUGGUACUCGAAAUGGACGAAUAUUCAUGACCACCAAGAACUGUUGUCUAUUCGAAAUAGAAUAUCGAGAUAAAGCCGGUUGGUUUACCCAGCAGUGUCGUAUUGUAAACCAUUCCAGUAGUUACCUUUACGGAGUAUCUGGCAUCUAUAAUAUUUUCAUGAAGGUUGUCAACUUAUUUUCUACAGAAGAUUCAAUGCAACAGAUUGCCAUAGAUGAAAGUAGAAACAUUUUAUAUACAUUAUCUAAAGAAAGCACUAUACAGGUUUAUGACCUUGGAAGUAACGGGAAUCUGACUAGUCAUGUUGUUACGUUAAAUCGCGGAGCUAUUUUAUCUCAAGCUUCAAGAUCCGCAAGGUACAUAGAUGCCGGUAACUUUGCUCCGGUUGUAUAUAUUGCUCCGAUCAGUAAACAAGAGUCUCUUGGCGUGCAGCUUAUAGCCGUAACUAAAUCAGGUGUUAGACUAUACUUUGUUGUCACUAGCUCAUUUAGUGACAGACCAUCUCACAUUCAACUAGUUCAUAUUCGCAUGCCUCCUGGUUGCACUCCGUCAGUUCCUGCAAUACAACGCCCCAAUAAUAUCAAUAUUUCAUACUAUAACCAUGGAUUGAUGCUCAUGGCUUCUAGCAGUUCCGAUGAUUCUGACAUAUUAUGGUUGACUAAUCCAGAUGUGUUUCCCUUUAUGAAGUUACUUAAAGAGAGUCAGUGUACAACUGCAAUUAACGGGCAUAUAUGGGCUAUCAAUGAAACUAAAGACUUUGAUCAGGUUGCAAAUCCCAAUCUGAAAACCGUAAAGUCAGAUCCUCCAGCGAUUGUUAGUCAACAUGCUAAACCAUUAAGACAAUUCGUCAUUUUAGGAGCUCAGGGUGCCUACCUUCUUGAUAGCUUUCGACCGUCCGAAUUACUGCGUUGUAUCUUGCUAAAGUGUGGAAGAGUGGAUCAAGAAGCUGUACAAACAUACUUUAGUAUGGACACGAUCAAUGCAGUGGUAUCAUGCCUCGUUUUGGCGUGCUCUAAUCGCCCAUCUGAUCAGCAUGUUACCAAACUUGCUGCGCAAGCUUUUUUCUGUUAUAGUGAUGAGCCGAGAUUCGAAUUCCCAACUAGUUCAAACAUUACGCAACCCGGAGUUGGCAGUCAUCCUGGUGAUACGAAGCCACAACCUUUUCAACAACCACCUUCAACGAAUGUUAAUCAAGCACCUUCGCCACCAGAAUCUGGUCGGCCAUUAUCGACUGAAAACACGUUGCAGUCGGCCCCCACUGAUGGAGUACCUGUUAUGAAAUUCUCUUUAAAGCAUGAUGGAGUAUAUUUAUAUCUAUCUCGUAUUCUCCGACCUGUGUGGAAUACGAAUCUAACUGCGGAAGUCGUUCGAACCUCAACUAAGGUUGAAUAUGUUACCAUGGAAAGUCAAUUCUCAUCUGAAGAAUUAUUAUGGCUAUGUGAGCAAGUAGCUAGCCUAAAAGCGUUUAUUGAGGAGCAUAAUCAGCUCUUUCUUAGUCCAUCCCUUCAUCAUCAUAUGCUAAAUGUUGUAAAAUCUCAAGCUGGCGUCAGAUCAGACCCAAAUGUUCCCAACCGACAGGUGAUACAAUCGCAACUGCAACAACGCUAUAAAGCUGAUGCUGUAUCUACUGAAAAAAGAUCCUUUGAGAACAUGAGUUCUCUUCUGACCGGAUGUAUAGAGUGCUUUUCUUUAUGGAGUAUUAUAUGCAACCACGAUUUCUCUGUUGUAAUGACUAACUUGAGCAAGGAAAUGAAGGACAUUAUUUUGAGAACAAAGUUUAAAGAUCUAGUUCUGGGCGAUGGAAAGAUAACGAAUGCUCUAAUUGCUGCGUUAAUUGAUAUGUACUUACUGGAUAACGCUUCAACGGAUCCCAUUACCGAUCAAUUACGUAUAAAAUGCCCGUCAUUGUACAGCAGUGAUGAUGCAACAUGUUCUAAAGCAUAUGAGAUGUUGCACCAAGCUAAAAUAUCUACGGAUAUGAAGGAAGCUGAGUUGGCCUAUAGGUCAUCUUUACAGCUAUUUCGUCAAGUAACUAAACAUGUCGACGUGGCACAGGUCUGCCAACAGUACAAAAAUGUAUUUUUCUUCGAAGGUGUGAUUGAAUUAGCUCUAACAGCUGCUGAAGCAGAGGAUGUCAAGGAAUAUGCUUUAAAUUUUUAUAAGAAUGGCGAUCCUCCUAACGAUAACAUAGGUAGAGAGGCUUUUACCAAAAGGAGCCACUACUACAAGUGUAUUGUAGAUUCAUUGGAUUACUUGAUGAAUGCGGCAGUAAGCGAUGCUAGUCGGUCACCUUUAGGUUCAGUAUCUUCGAAAAGAGCGAAUACGAAUUUAAAUACGUUAACUGUAAAUGAGGCCGAAACAAUGAUGGAAAAGGUUCUCAGUGAUUCGUUCGCUUCUGGUGAUGAACUGAUUCAUGUAACUUUAUACGAUUGGUUGAUUGCAAAUAAUUUGCAUGACAGGCUGUUAGAAGUUUCGUCCGUCUAUUUAGAGGCCUAUUUAAAACGUGCAACAACCUCCCAGCCUUCAAAUCUAGUUGCAAUGGAUCUAUUAUGGAAGUAUUACGAAAAGAAUAAUAAAUAUCAGUCAGCUUCGUUAAUCUUAAGCAAAUUAGCAGAAAGAACAAGCACGGAUAUUACAUUGCAAAAGCGAGUUGAAUACUUAUCUCGAGCAAUUAUUAGCGCAAAAAGCGCGAGCUUUCCUGGAGCUAGUGGAAGUGCUGGGGAUUUUCUUCACGAAUUAGAAGAGAAAUUAGAGGUGGCUCGUAUUCAGUCGAAAAUUCACGAUGCGCUAGUGUUGCUUCAGCAAGAAAAAGGCCACUUACAGGAAUAUACUGAAGCUUUACGGGAAUUAAAUGGAGGGAUAUUUGAUAUUAGUACUCUGUAUAAGGACUUUGCAAGUAGAUUUGAUCUCGCUGAAUGCAAACUCGCUAUACUAUACACUGCUGGCCAUAAUGAUGUAAAUCUUGUAGAGACUGUAUGGAAAGACAUUAUAGACUAUGAAAUUCAUAGAUCAAAAAUGUUAUCAGAAGGAGCUAAAAUGAGCUCCAUUUCCAAUAGAUUAGCUGAAAUUGGCAACCUAUAUGCUCAUUCGGAGCAGUAUUUUCCAUUACUGUACAUAUUGACAUUGUUGGAGAAACGGAGUUGCGAAUUGAAUUGGGAUCCAAGGCUUGCAUAUGAAACUAUGUUACGAAUUGAUAUAUCUCGGAAGACCAUGCUAACUGCUUAUAAUUUACUUUUUAGAGCAAAAGAUCCUUUUUGGCAAGCUGUGAAAAAGCCUUUACAUCUGUUUUUAGUUAUACAUAAUUUAAUCACGUCCUCGAUCGAAGCCAAAGAUUUAGUCCCCGAUGAUAAGCGAGAAUUUUGCAUUUCUGCGUUAAGUUCUGUGGAUAGUUACUUAGUCGAACUGGAGUCAAUGAGCUUAAGUAGUAUAGCUGUACAAAAUAUGAUCAGUCGAUAUCGAUCUCUGAAAGCGCAAUUAUCGCGUUUAACUUAA